ACAGGCAUUGAUCUACAUCUGCAGCCUCCGGGUCGCAGUUGCUGUUCGGGGUCAUGGAUGAUUUUGUUCGGGAUAAAUUAUCUGAAUGGAAUCUCAGCAAGUUCAUAGAUACAUUUAAAGGACAAGACAUCGACGAAGAAAAUUUUUACUGUCUGGAUGAUAAAGAUAUCGCCGACUUGAUCCCCACCGUGGGACCAAGGUCAAAAUUCAAGAAAAAGCUCAAGUCGUUAAAGGAACAAAAAACAGAAAAUCCCGAAGUCGUUGAUUCGUCUGCUCAAGCUUGUGCAUCCACCAGUGACAAAAGUAAUAAAGGGAAGAGAAGGUCAGAUCUUCAGGGUGAGUCCAGCCCAUGGCAAUCCCCAAUCAAAAAGCCACGAGUUACAGGAUCAUACAUCAGAGAGGAAAUACUACUGUCUGACGUGAAAAACAUCAUGAAUUUUGUUCAUCAGAAAAUUCCUCAACAAGACAACAAGCUCAACAACUUCCUGAGGAGAAAAAUUAAUGACUUGGAGACGGACAAGAGGGAGGUGGUCGGUGUCUUUGGCAGAACCGGGGCUGGAAAGAGCUAUUUGAUAAAUACCGUCAUUGGAGAGAAGAAUCUCUUGCCCAGUGGAAGCGUCAAUGCAUGUACCUCAGUCAUGAUUAAAGUGAAGGCUAAUGAGCAGAACUCAAAAUAUGAGGCAGACAUCGAGUUCAUAACGAAAGAGGAGUGGAAAGAUGAGUUAUGGUUCUCUAAAAAUUUCCUUCGGGAAAGUGCGGAUCGGGGAAGGGAUGAGGAUGAAGAGAGGGAUCGUAAAGACAUUGUGGAAAAGCUGUCAGUGCUGUAUGGAGAAGACGGGGAAAACAAAUCUCCUGAAGAGCUCAUGGAUGGCAAAUAUUUCAAAGAGAUCCCAGAAUUUCUGCUGUCCAAGAGGAAGAUGUUGACAGACGAAACAGCUGAAGAGCUAUCUAAAAAACUAGUCAUGUACACAAAAAGCAAAUCAGAAGAUGGAGAAGUAAACGCAAAGAGGUGGUAUUGGCCUCUUGUGAAGUGUGUGACUAUCAGGGUGCCAAAUAAUAAUCUCCUGAAGCACGUCACACUUGUGGAUCUUCCUGGAAAUGGGGAUCGUAACAAGAGCAGAGACAAAAUGUGGAAAAAGAUCGUUGGAAGUUGUUCCACUGUGUGGAUCGUGACUGAGAUAAAACGAGCUGCAUCAGAGCCUGAAGCCUGGGAGAUACUGAAAAGUGCCUGUAGCUUCAUGGGAAAUGCUGGCCAGUGUCGGCAGAUUCACUUCAUCUGCUCCCAGUCUGAUGAAUCAAGUCAUAAUCCAGCCUGUCCUUCAACUGAACCCCGUGCUUUCAUUCUGGAAAGAAAUAUUAAAGCCAAGAAUGAAGUGAGAAAAGAAUUCAGAAAACUAAACGAGGUUACGAAAUAUUUCAGUGAUGGAAGUUUCAAAGUGUUCACAGUGAGCUCCUACGAGUUUGUUCAAAAGACAGUCCUAGAACCAGAUGAAACUGAAAUACCUGAACUUCAGGAAUUUCUGCAGGAUCUCAAUGACUGUCACUCAGUUACAUUAAACUAUGUGAAAGGAGCUCUCGGGAUUCUCUCUCUGAUUCAAGGGGCCAGCCGUACAGAUGGGGCUGAUAUAAAGACAGCUGUCUGCACAGACCUUGAACAAAAGAUGAAGGAUGCACUUAAUAAAGUCGAAAACAAAAUGAAAGAGACUCAUCAGGCUUUUGAAGGGUGCCUCAGUGAGGGAGUUAAGGAAUCAAAAAUUUCAUGGGACAAAAACUUGACAUCGGUCAUAAUGCCUAAAAACAAGAAAGGUAGUAGUUUCCACCGGACACUGAAGUGCAUAGUACAGCAAGAUGGCGCCUACAGAGCAAAAAAGGGAAAACUAAUAAACCUCAAUAUGAAGUUAUCUUCAUGCCUGACUCAGAGCAUUGAUGACAAAUUCAAGAAGACCUUCCCAAAUGAAGGAGAAUGUGGACAAUUCAACGGAGUCCUCGAUUUGUUUUCACUUAACACGGAGACGAUGAGAAAGAACACAAAGUACAAAGAUGUCGAACUGCAACUGACAUUUCUCAGCACAGAGGAAGACAAGAUAAAGACAAAACUCAACAAAAUCAUCCGCGAUCGUAAGAAAACGAUCUACAGCAGUCUGACGACAACAAUUGAGACGAGCAUGCAGGAAUGCUAUGACGUUGCAAAACAAAUUAAAGGACAAGGCAGUCUGGAAAAAAUUAGGACCACUCUUACGAAUCACGUACGUGAGUCAAAGGACGUCAUGUUUCAGACAGCUAAAGAUGUUAUGUUGAACCAGCUGAGAGACUUGAUGAGAGAAAUCCUUGAAGACCUGGAAGAAAUGCAGGAAUCAAUCGAACUGACGCUCAAGACAGAUGGCGUCUCAAUCCCAGAUGUUGAGAAUCAGCUUGAGAUGGUGAAGAACCACUACGAAGAACUGAAGCGGUCCAGAUGAAGAACCACUCAUUUGUACCAACUGACGAGCCCUGCGUGUGUGCUGAUUAGAGACGUGAGGCCUCUGGAUUUGGUCUCAACCCUUUUUGUCAAGUCAUCUUAUUCUCUUUAAGUGAUUUUUUCAGAUGUACUUUUCAUUAGUUUGGUGUGAAUUAAAUGCAGAGACAUUUUUAUGGUCAAUAUCUGGUCGGGUAAUUUGAGCUUUUAAUUGAUUUCUUUAUAUGUACUUUUCAUUAGUUUGGUGUGAAUUAAAUGCAGAGACAUUUUUCUGGUCAAUAUCUGGUCGGGUAAUUUUAGCUUUUAAUUGAUUUCUUUAUAUGUACUUUUCAUUAGUUUGGUGUGAAUUAAAUGCAGAGACAUUUUUCUGGUCAAUAUCUGGUCGGGUAAUUUUAGCUUUUAAUUGUUUAAAGUUCAGAAGCAGAUAAACUGUGUGGGGGGUAAGAGCGGGAUGUCCUGCAUCAAAGGUCCCCAGUCGGAUUCAACCCAGGUACAUUGUGGUUUACACGGUACAGAUCUUCUUUGUUACCAGUCCAUCAUUAUGGUUUUCAUGAUUUCAAAAAAAUUCUUCUUCUUUAAGUUUUUGUCCAUUUUGUAAUCGUAGUUUAGUAUUGGUUGAUUGAGAUUGAAAUGUCGAUGAUUUUAUUGGUGUUUAAAAUACAUCCUGAAUUUUGAUCACAGUAUGUUGAAUUUCUCAAAGACUUUAUAAGCUUUUAUUAAAAGAAUGAUCUGACCUUUUCUUUUAUUGUUCAAGGAAAAAACUUGCUUACUGCUAAAUAAUGUGUUCUUAGUGUGUUAAUCCAUGUAUCAGAAUUGGAUAGAACUAGAUGAUAGUAAUACACCAGCCUAUCUGGUUUCUCAUUAUUUACUGAAAUAUUGUUGUGUUUUAAUCUACUCUGAUUCUAAAUGCAUUUAAAGUAUCUGAUAAGGUAUACUGUCGAAUAAAUUCACUUUCAAAGUUCCAAAUGUU